AUGGCCGCUCGCAUUGUAUUCCCAAACGCCUCUCUUCUCUCUACCAGCCGCCGUCCCCACCGCCCGCUUAUUGUCACUUCCGCCGCCGUCUCCCAUCAAUCCCUCUCCGCCUCCAUCACAACAGCCCCGACGACCAUCUCCCUCAAAUCUGCUCGCCGGGCAGAACAGAACCCGCAUGCCUCACUCCCAACUUGGCGCGACAUCCAGGGAGGUGACAACUGGGAUCAGCUCAUUCAACCCCUCCACCCUCUCCUCCGCCAAGAAAUCAUACGCUACGCCGAGCUCGUCAUGGCCUGCUACAAAGCCUUUGACCUCGACCCCUCCUCCAAACGCUACCUAAACUGCAAGCACGGAAAAUCCAAAAUGCUCCGUGAAGUCGGCAUGGCCUCCGCAGGCUACGAAAUAACCAAAUACAUCUACGCUACUCCGGACAUUACCAUUCCCACCCAGCCCAGCACUCGCUGCAGCCGCUGGAUCGGCUACGUCGCAGUCUCCACAGAUGAACAAACCUCCCGUCUCGGACGACGCGACAUCCUCGUUUCCUUCCGCGGAACUGUAACCAACACGGAAUGGAUCGCAAAUUUGAUGAGCUCGCUGACUCCGGCCCGACUCGACCCGCACAAUCCGCGGCCCGAUGUCAAGGUCGAGUCAGGCUUUCUCAGCCUCUACACAUCAGACGAUACCACCCGUCGCUUCACAAGCGGGAGCUGCCGCGAGCAGCUCCUCUCCGAGAUCUCGAGGAUUGUAUCAAAAUACAAAAAUGAAGAGGAGUUCGGCAUUACAUUGGCAGGUCACAGCAUGGGCAGCUCGCUCGCGCUGCUGCUCGGAUAUGACAUUGCUGAGUUGGGCCUGAACCGGACCGCGUCGGGUAGUGAGAUACCUAUCACGGUUUACUCAUACGGCGGCCCGCGGGUUGGAAACUCAGGCUUUAAGGCUCGCUGUGAAGAGCUCGGUGUGAAGGUGUUGAGGGUGGCGAACGUGAACGACCCGGUGACGAAAAUGCCGGGGGUAUUCUUUAAUGAAAAACUGGAGCUGCCAUGGAUAAGCAGCGGCUCCUGCUACGCGCACGUGGGAGUCGAAUUAGCGUUGGAUUUCUUUAAGAUGAAGAACCCUGCAUGCGUGCAUGAUCUCGACGAGUAUAUUGGAUGGCUCAAGUGUGCUAACAAAAUGAAUGUGAAGAAGAAUGAAGGAGUUGAUAUUCUUAGCAAGAUCAGAGAUUUUUUCAUCUCUCAGAGAUUUGAUGAUUCGUGGGCGGCGCCAUGGCAAGAUGGAGGAAGACAUAGGGGAGAAUUGGUGCAGUCGCCUAGAGCGAAGGCUUAG